AUGUAUGCUAGGAAGCGGAAGUUGUCUGACUCGCAAGAGCCAGCGUGCGUGCUGUGUGGCUCGGUCGAUUACGACCUGGACACCUACGGGCGCAUGUUUGACCAGAUCGGGUUUAGGGUCCACGAGUUCUGCUUGAUUUUUGCCAACAUCUCUUUUGACGAAACACCAACAGACCAGGGAACUGUGCACAUUGAUUAUGCUGCCCUCACAACCAAGGUCAAGCAGGCAAACCAGAAGCAAUGCUGUGUUUGUGGAGAGAGGGGCGCUGCCAUCACGUGCACAGAGAGCGGCUGUGAACGAAGCUUCCACCUGCCGUGUGCCAAGGACGGGCAGUGCAUCACCCAGUUCUUUGGGCUGAACAGGUCCUACUGCUUCGAGCACUGCCCUCGACAGACAGCAGUGACAGCUUCAGCAACCGGCACCCGCUGCGCCAUCUGCCAGGAGACCGUGGGGAACAUUGCAUCCUACCACACCCUGACGUGCUCGGUUUGCAAACAUGCCUGGUUCCACCGGGACUGCAUCCAGCAACAGGCCUUGAAUGAUGGCAAGGAGUGCUUCCGCUGCCCUGUCUGUCAAGACAAUGCUCUUUUCUGCAUAGAGAUGUCCAUCCUCGGGAUCCGAAUCCCAGACAGCGUGGUGUCCUUCUGCCAAACCAUGCAGAUGAGAAGAACACCAGCAUGGGAGGACGAGCGUGCAUUCGCAACACUUCAGCAGAGGCACAGGUGCUGUGAUGCCAUCGUGUGCUUUUACCACGGAGGCAGGGAGCUGGCAGAAGAAGAGGGGCCCUGGCAGCUGAUCCUGUGCAGCUCCUGUGGAGUGGAGAGCACCCACCGGCAGUGCUCCUACUCAAGCAUCAGGAUGAACAUGUGGGACUGUGACAGAUGUGCUGGCCUGGGUACCGCCUCCGCCGCCAUCUCGGAGCUCGCGACGGGGCAGAUCGGGAUCCUCCAGAGCAGCCACAGCAGCUGCACGCAGGAGGCGUCCCAGGCAGCGGAGAACAAGCCGCACACGAAGCCGCUCCCCGCUGCAAGGUCGGGCCCCAGGAUCCCAGAGCCCGACCAGAAGACCUCGAGGCAGCAGGCGAACACCAUCUCCAGCUGCUCAGAACAGAACCCGCAGCACCACCAGAGCGGCAAGGCGGAGGUCCUCGAGGGCUCCCCUGCAUUCACACCCUGCGGAGUGGCCCGGGCAGACAGGGGAGGCCCGCAUGCAAAGCCGUUCCUCAGUGGCACAACGAGCCACAUAUGUCCUCAGCCGGUGCAGAAGAGGCUGCAGGAGAAAGCCCCAACAGCAGAGGCUUUCCCGGCCAUGAAGUGA